UUCAAGAAAAACAACCUAUUGAUUUGUUUGAUCAAUAAUAAAAGAAAAAGUGGAAACAGUGGAAAAUACAAACAAAAAAAAAAUCAGUGGAAUUGAUUUUUUUAUUCUUGUAUUUCUAUUCGAUGGUUGUUUUGGAAUUCACCACACUUAAAUAAAAUUUUCUUCGUCGUUAAGUGAUGGUAUUUUGUAUAAAAACAUUACGCGCGUGUUGCUACAACAAAGUUAUAAUACGAAAAAAUAUAGAAAGAAUUUAAAAAAAAGAAUUAUAAUUUUCCACUUGAAGAGCAAAAAAGAUAUAAAUAAAUAUCUGAAAACUUGUAUGUGUUUUGCUAAAAAUAUACAAUUUUUCUGUGUAUACCCUACUUUAAUACACUACCAGAUCACUAUAUUAGUGCAACUUCAAAAAAAUAAAAAAUAAAUUAAUAUAUACUGACGUGAAAUUUAAAUUAAUUACCUGUGUGGUGUCCUUCAAAAAAUCUUGUUUUUUUGACUUUUAAAUAAAAAUAUACUUAAAAAAUUUCCUUCACCUAUACCUGAUUGGCUUGACUUUAUUAUACGGUUGAUAUAAUUCAGAUUAACGUCGAACAGGUUAAAAGAUACUUUAUCAAUCCCUUUCUCAUUUUAUUUUUGUGUUAAAAUUUAUCAUUUUUAAACGAACAACGUCCUUCGCGCUGGUAUUACUUGAAUUCAGAAAAAUUUCGAAUUUUUGACGAAAAUCAAGUGAAAAUCUUAGCAAACGCCCAUUUUUUCAAAAAAAAAAAAAAAACACACCCCCUUCAACCCUAAACUAGACAAAAACUUAAAUUUAUUGGAUUUUCAUUUUUGUUCGGUUUGUGAAAUCAGUUGGCUCAAAUCUUUAUCUCUUGGAGUCAAAUUUGGAUUUUUUUUUUGUUUUUAAUUUAUGUAUGAAUUAAUUAAUUUGGCAAGAAACAGAGCACAACAUUGGUUAUAGCGCAGCUUAGCUAUAUUGUUUGGGAUUUGCAGUUGCAAUAACAACAAAAAAAGGAACGAAGAAAACCGAACAGAAAAACAACAACAAUUUUAAUCAGAUCUCUCAAAUGUAUCUGAUUCAGACUGUCCAGACAUCGUGGAGGCCCCAAUUGCCACUACCUAAGGAGGUUGUUCCACCGACCACAGCAUCAUUGACAGCUGAACAACCAGCUAGCAUGAGAUCUUCCGAAAUGAAUCGACGCAGCAGUGCUGCCAACACAACAACACAAUCAAGCAACAAAAAAGACUCUUAUCAGAGUGCUCCACAAAUCAGUGCAGGAGGCAACAACAAAAAAUGGUCUUUCGGCCGUCUCUUUCGCAAAAAGAAGGAAGCCGAAUCCGAGUCAUCAUCCGAAGAAGACCGUAAAGCAGGUUUUGUAGUUUCUCCGAAAUAUCGUAAAAAGGAUAAGAAAAAGCGUGGCAGCAAACACAUCAGUGGUGGAUUCGAUCAUAUUGUGGUGAAUCCGGCGAGGGACAAUGAGUUCUUUUUGCCAUUCGAACCGAUCCCGGCGGGAGAAUCACAUUCAACGACACAUCUAGCGCCAUCUGUUGACUAUGAUCCACAAAGUCGAAUGACAAAUUCUCUUGAUCGACGGGGAAAGCGGGAUAAGAAAAAACCCUUAGGGCCUAAUGAACCCCAACGUCCACCAUCGAGUGAAGAAGAGAUGAUAUCCCUGAAUUCUUCAACAACUUUCGCAAAAUACCGCAGUGACGAAAGUCUGGGAAGUGGUGCGAUGAACGGUCAGAGUCGUCGAAGUCGGGCAGCUCGAAACGAAAGGUAUUACAAACGCCUUAGUCGAGAUGGUGAAGUGAGCCAUGGGCAGGUUCCCCAAGUGAUGUAUGCAGCUCAACCAGCUCAAAGAUGGAAAACCCAACCGGUACCGUUGUCGAUAUACAACGGAGGCCCUCCAAACCCAGUUGAAGUCAAUCAUCGUCCUCAAUAUCCUCCCCCGGUGAUUCAUAAUGUCCCCACAAUGCGGAAUUCAACAAGUCUAAGUCACAUGGCUUCACAUCAUCCCAUAACCUAUGGAAUGCCUCAACGUCAAACACCGAACCUUCAAAACACAGUUAAUGACAAUAAACGUAGCAUAAGCUAUGACAGUCACAUCCAUUUGCAAAAUGUCAAAAAGCCUUUACCUCCGCCGCCACCACCUCGCGAUCCAAUGCGUAGGGUCAAUGUGGCCGGUCACAAUGAUCACCGUCCGAUAUCGUAUGCGUUCGAUCAAAAUUCUUCCCAUUUGCCGCAGACUAACGGAAUGAGGGGCCGUUGUGUUUCCGACGAUCGGAUAUGGUCGGGAAAUGCCCCAAUGUAUCAAUCAGCCUUGUCCAUUAACCAUCCUCUGCCGCCUCCAAGUGUAGCCAGUUCUCAAAGCCGUCGGUUUAUAACUAGGGCCGAGAGAGAUGCUCACCCGGCGAAAAAAUCUCUCCCAUCGGGGCUUGAUUUUCGGUAUGUAGCCGAAGGGGCUCCAAGGUCCCGAAAACCGAUCCAUCUUUUUAAUGAAAAUGAAGACAAACCACCACAGGUAUUGCCGAAACCUCCCUCGCCGGUGGUGAUAAGAACUACAAAGAGUGGACUUCCCGAUUCAGCACCGCCAAACCCUCAACUUUCAUCAGAAUACUGGCGUCGAGGAAGGGAGCCACAACAACAAAGACCAGAAUCAAUCUUUAACAAACCUCGAUCGCUAUCAAGCUCAAGAGCUGGAGAACUUCGUUCAGCUCCAAUGUACUCGGAGGUCUCAAAGCCAAAACAAAAGCCGGCUACAACAGAUGAAGUUAACAGUGUUGUAUCGGGUAAACUCCUGAUUAAACCCUCCAAAGAUAGUCGCAAUAACUACGUCGAAAUCCGUAAUAACGCCAACAAGAGCAGUUCGAUGCCAAAUCACUAUCAAAGGCGAGACUUGGUGAUACCGACGAGAGGUCCUAAAGCAGACUCUCCAACACCGAAUAAAUACGACGAGUAUGUUGCUGAAAAGAGGGUUCGCAAUAUCCUCGAUCAGACCAUGAAGCUAGCUCCUGAUCCACCACAACGUAAAGUCGUUACUAAGCCCUUGGCUCUGCCGCCAGAACCAGAUGUCAUAAUGCGUAAGAAACCAACAAAUCUAGAAGACGCAAUAAAUGAGCUUGAAGCGAUUUACAAAAGCCUCAAACUUGGUGAUGAAACACUGCUUGAUCGGGCUGAACGUCGGGAUAUCCCAACGCCGACAAAUUUCGAAAAAUACGCCGAAACUCACAGUGAAGAGUUUUUGGACGAUGAUGAUGAUGACGAGCCAGCGGGAGAACCAGAUCUUGUCCGAGAUGAUUUCGCCUAUCGAAAUAUCAAGCAUUCAAAUAUUGCGCCCAAGACUGCUGCCGGAGAGAAACAACCUCCAUUUGGUAUACCGGUUGGACCGAUUGCGAUAUCUCCCCGAUCCGAUUACCUUCAUGUGACUCCGGAUAAAGACUGUCAAAAAGUGCGAACGGGUCCGUUUAAGUACCCGGAUAUUGUUUGCGAUGACUUGGCAGUGCGAACUUUGCGAAAAGACCCUCCGGGACAGGUUAAGACCCAUUUUGCAUACCCAACAGGGUCAAAGAAGAGAGCAACUCGCACUCAAUCAGCAAAUAUCUACACGCUGAUUCAAAGAAAUGCAGCUAAACCAUCAGGAGGGGAUAUCGAUGAUUUCCUAGAGCUUGCAAAAAGUCUGGAACGUGCUGGAAGCAUGUCGGACAUUCACAAAGAUGACGAUGAUAUUCCGUCUACUCUUCAGCUCUUGCGGAAUUUGAGAGAACAAGAACACGGUAGUCCCAAAGUUAUACCCUUCCGUCAUCCAAGUCAAGGGGGAGCUAUAUGUAGUUUGCCCGAAGUUCUAUCCAAAGACACCAAACCGCCGAUCCCACUUCCACGAAAGAGUUUAACUCCAGAUCCAGAAAAAAGUAAAAUGGAAGAAGCUCUUAAUAAAAUCGCCAAAGAAGCCCGCGAGAACAGUGAAAAGCUCACCAGAGACUUGAUGGAACUUCGUCGAGGUGCCUUGAUCACAACUUCCCGGUCCAAAGUCGCCGCUAAACCUAAUAUCGAAAGGGAUCUCGAACAGAUUGAAGCUGUUUCUGAGGCGGCAAAACGUUGCCGUCAUAUGCUCCUGGACACAAUACCACCGAAAGAUGCCGAAGAUGUUCAAUCUAAGCAAAGUCCACCAAGACGCUUGGUCACCGAAGAUAAACUGAUCAAGGCGAUUGAUCAGGUUUCAACAGCUGCCAAUAAGGUUUGUGAGAAAAUACUCAGUGAAAUCGUGACUGUUGAGCCACCAGUGAUUGUCCAAAACUCCGUCGAGGUGAAAAACCCUCCCGAACAUCAAAAACUAGUCAUGCCAUCGUUGAUCCAGAAGUUAGAUCCCAGCUCGGCCAGAAUCGGGGAGAUUGCCGAACGUUGUAUGCGUCAAAUUAGCCAGCUUAACGACUCCCCGGAUUACGACAAUUUACAUCAGGUCCAAGCUAGAGCGUCUAAUGACAGCACCAACAAAAAUGACAACGCCGAUCUUCUUAUUGUUCCAGGAUCUGGUUAUGUGACUGCUGCCGAGAAUGAAGAAGAAAUUGACAAGAUCAUGAAAGAGUGCGAGAAGCAAGCUCGCAACGAAGUGAGUAAUAAAUCCACAUCCACGUCGGUGGUGAGAGUCAGUGAUCCAGUGACUCAAUCUGAUGGUGACAAAACAACAACUACCACAGCCACAACAACAUCAGCCUCCUCGUCAUCGAGCGAUUGUUUAAAGAGUUCAAGUCCCUCAACCGGACCUCACCUAUCGUCGAGUAUAACAUCCUUUAACCCGUACUCCUCCAGUGAUUACAUUAAAUCACCAAGUAGUGAAUUCCACGCACCUAGCACUGAUCCAAUAAAAACCUUUAGCACAACAUCCUACGAUGUACAGUCUUCGAGCGUCACACCAAACAUUACAAACUCGCCAUUCAGCUAUAGUACACCAUCGCCGCCGCUAAAUCUGACAGUUUGCAGUAGCGGCGGUGGCGGCGAAAAGGGCAGCGGCGGUGAACGUAGCGGCAGUGCCUCGCAGUACAACUCCUCCGAGGAGUUGGCAAUGAUCUUUGGCAUCGAGAAAUCAUCGCCAGCAACUACGACUACAGGUAAAGAAGCAGUUGCAAGAGAAUCUGUCGUAUCCAAACCGUUGAGCGUCGAUUUUGCUAACAACUUAUCAUCAUCAACCACUGCCAACUUGAGCUGCCAUCAGCAUCAACUAACACAACAAAACCAGAGACUCUAUUCUGGCCUUAAGUCUCAAUAUCCGUCGUUGUCUACGUCAUCGUCGUCUAAUACUAAUCCAUCAACAGCAACAAUAUCUUCCAGUCAUCCAACAAUAAAAAAAUCAAAUCUCUCAUCGUCGCGCAUUACAACUGAACCGGCCUACUAUACCGAUGAAUACCUCCGAAUUCAGACGUCUCCUCCACCAUUACUAAGUUCUACCGCAACUAACAGCGAAUCACCAUCAAUCAAUGAAAACUAUCGCAGUGUCUAUGCAACACCAUCGAAAUUAAUAAUUGGCGAUAGCAACGGUCAAAAGUUCUUCCCGAAGAGUCCAACAGCGACAGUGGCGCCACCACCAAUUGCAGCUAAGCGAACAAUAUUUCGCAAUAGUCCAACAUUACAACAACAAUCACAACAACAACAAAAAUCAAAUAAAGGUGAUCUUCCUUAUUUAUCCCGAUCCUCAUCAUCAUCUGCCAUUUUUGGCCAGAUCGAUGACCUAUCUUCUCGCUCUGAUCUAGACCCUGCUGAGGUAGGCCCUAACCAACAUUAUCCAUCAGCAACGGAUACUACCGUCGUCCCUAGUGCAAGUAGGAGUAGUAACGCCGGUAGAUUUAGCAAUAAGAAACGUGUAGUUAGAGUUCGUAGUGAUUCGCGUCCAAUCAGCGCCCUCUAUGAUAUAAUAUGCAAAGAAAAAGGCAUCGAACUAGAUCAGGAACCAAUGACAAUGAGUAGCAGCGGUGGUGUAGUUGGCAUUGACAGUGCUCCUCCUUCGUCGGUUGACAGCAAUGCAACCGUCGACCGACUUCAUUAUCAGGAUAAUCACUUGGCUGGGGAGCCGCCACGCCCCUCGCCCCCCACAUCACAGUCUAGUCAAUUGAAUUCGUCGGAGAAUUUAAAUACCGUCGCCAAUCGUUAUCGUAGUCGACCGCUGUCAUAUCAGGAUGACAAUCGAUACCAUGGCGGCGGCUCUGACAAAGACUAUGGCAAUGAUAACGGUGCUCAAGUCUACAACAAUAGUCGCCUUCAAAUGAAACCCGAUAUUCUAACGACAUCAUCGUAUUUAGCUAGUGAAUUGAAUCAUCAUUAUCAGCAGCAGCAGCAAUUCGAUCAUAAUCAUCAUCCCGAUCAUCAUUAUUACGAUCCACAUAAUUCAGAUCAUCUUCAUCAUCAUCCACAUUCACAUUGUAACGAGCCGAAUCUUCCUAGUAGUUGUGUAGAUAGUAGUUUAAAUAAUUAUCGUGACAGUAAUCGUAAUAAUGAGCUGAAUGAUGUUAAUGUAGCAGCAACAGCAACAGCAGGUGCUAGUGGCAAUCAUCAUCAUCAUCAUCAACAACAGCAACAACAACAUCGUCCGGCAGCAACAGCAAAUGGACAUCACAUGCAACAGAUGCCUCCGGUGGCGGCGCCAAGACCGACACCAAGAUUAUUCCGUGACGAGAAACGACGCUUUACCGAUGGCAUUGUGAUGGAUGCUGCCAAAGCUAGUGUUACGGAUAUUGGAAUUGCAACAACAACGGCAAAUGGAGCCGGAAGUGAUGGUGAUAAUGGACGAAUGGGAAGUCAACUUGGACGAAGAUACAUAACUCGUUCAAAUCGAACACCAUCAGGAAGCGGCGGCGGAGGAGGUAGCAACAAUAGCGACUCAUCACCGUCACCGACAAUACCAACAUCUGCAGCAGCAUCACAGAAUCGAUUGACACCCAAUUCACCUAGCACCACCACAAACAACUCUUCGUCUUCGAAUCGCCUGAGAUCACCACUCAAGUCGCCUUUAAUAAAUCGCCCAUACCAUCACCAUCACCAUCAUUAUUCAGCGCCAUCAGUAUCCGCCUUCGUUGCUCCACAACCAUCAUCAUCAACAUCCUCAUCAUCAGCAGUAGGAGGAAUACCAGCAUCGUCAUCAUCAGGGUCAGGAACUUUCAAUGGUAACGGCAACAAUCUUCAUCUGCAGCAGCAUCAUUUCCAACCAACUUCAGACCCUUACCGAUCUGUGAUGACCAAUUCUGUGGGCGCUGUUGCCACUGUUGCUGCUGCACCAAUCCACCAAGUUGGUGCUGCAGCAUCAUCAUCAUCAUCAUCUCCAUUGAGCGAUAUUUGUGGCCAAGCUAUAAGUCCUACAAAUAAAAAACAUAGUGAACUCUAUACAAAUGGUCGUAUCGUGACGAAAUCCUCGUCAACCUCAUCAGUAGGUCAGCCAAAUCAUAAUAAUAAUCAACAUCGUAGUCCUGCUGUCCUUAAUCAGUCUAAUCAACUACCACAACAACAGCAACAGCAACUUACACCAGCAAAAAUUGUAAGAACCACAAAAACUUCUCGUUUGCGUGCUGCUGCGUUAGAUAAAAAGAAAGAUUCAGAUGAACACCAUCAACAACAUCCUACUUCGGGAAUACCAAUGGCAAUUGGCUUACGCCAAACUUCACCUCGCCAUCAUCAUCAGAAUUCUCGCAAACCUGGCAACAAUAAUAGCCCCGAUGUAACUCGUACAACUUCUGCACGGUCAGGAUUAAGUGCUUCACCGCCAGCAGCUGAAAGCAGCAAGAAACUAGUUCCGUCGGCAGUUUGCGUCACAAUGCGGCAGAAUCUUAAUGAAUUGCGUUACAAUGGCAACAACGGUGGAAUAUCUUCAUCACGCAGCAGGGAACAAAGACCUCAUACUACAGAAUGUACCGUUAAGAUAACUUCAGCAGGUCGUAAUAAUGGCGGCGGUGUUGGUGGUGGAUUGAGUCAUGAUGAUGAUGAACAAUAUUUGAAUGGUAACAAUGGCGAUGAUGAUGAAGAAGAUGAUGGAGAAUUCUCUUCAUCAGCACGACCACGCUCAUCGACCAUGAAUUCGGAAAUAAAUCAUUUGGCACAACCGGCACGCAAUGGUCGAGAUAUGGAGUUGAGUCCAGUAAGAAAUAAUCGAACACCGGAAGCACAGAAAAUUGAAGAUCGAGACAAAUCAUCGAAGAGAAAAUCGAAUUUAAAUCGUUCAUUGAAUGAAGAAGCAACUGGAGAUGAUGAAGCUGCCUUGCGUCGUCGUCGUCGCCGUGAACUUGGUAUGGCUCGUCAGCUAAUUCCAUCAGAUGAAACUUCAACAGCUGUGCGUGAUCUCUUGUUGUCACCUAAAAAGUCAUCAGUCUCGCCAACAUCACCGAGAAAUAAUUUAGCCUUUCAUAUGGAAAAUGCACGUCGUGGUAUUGGUCUAAUAAGCCCUUCGGCUUCAGAUCGUCGUCGAGCUUCAACAGCCAGUCCUAAAAUUGGUGGUGCUAGUCCAACAUCGCCAGCUAAAUUAACUGAAACUAAAAUUCCACGAAGACCAGUUGACAGAGAAGGUAUUUCUUUAUCACUCGGUGGAAGAACCACAUCCGAGUACAGUCGCCGUAAUCGGUUCCGUUUUGCUGAUGUUGGUUCAAAAGUUGAUGCAAUGCGUGAAAGAACCAAGUCCGAACUUGCUGACAUAAUCAAAAUCACUGAAAUGUGUAAUGAUGGUAAUGCUGCUGCUAAUAGCAGCAAAGUUGAAUCUGGAUUCAAACCUCCACUUAAAAAGGUGCCAAAUGCUAUUGAUGAUUUUGCUAGUUCUCUCGAUCGCAUUUCAGCGAAGGAAGAUUUGCCAUUGAUCGAACCCAAGGAAUUGAAUAAUUCUUCCAAUUCAUCGGCUUCGCCUAGGUCAUUUGUAAAGAAAGACCGUAUAAGCUUUGACGAUGGUGAAGACUUCCACUCAGAUGGUGCUUCAUCGUUAGGCUUCCUUCGCAGGCGAAUGCUUAAGGCACGUAGCGUCGAACGUGAAAUAAGCCUUGAUCAGCCAAAAUUGUCUCCGAUUUUGCGUCGUAAAAGCUCUGACGAACCAACCAAUCACAUCGUUUCGAUUUUGAAGAAGAAAGAUCUGGCAGAGUCAAGCUCCACUUCGAGUAAUGCUUCCCCGGUGACAUUUGCUUCGACCACUAUGGACACUCCAACUCGAAGCAAGCGUCAGGGAAUUCUCAAGAAACGCAGCAGUCUUGACGAAAGUCGCUACUACAGUCGCAGUCAUUCACCUGACGAACGAAGCAUCCUUGUUAAAAGCGCACGCCGAAACAGCUUGGAAGAAACCCAACACGGUAUUCUCAAGCAGAGCAGCUAUGAAAGCAAAAGUGAUGGUUGCCCAUCAGCAGAACCCCAUCAUGGUAUUCUAAAGAAAAAAGACUCAACAUCAACCCCAUCGGAGAGUAGUCAUCCGUCGAAACACGUAUCGAUCUCACAAGCUGUGAUACUAGCUGCUGCUGAAUUGUGCAAAGACAUUGUCACAUCAUCGUCAUCGCCACCAACUAGCAAUGACAGUGAAUACGAUAAUAUUCGGCCAAUACUCAAGGUCGACAAUCAAGAAAUCCGUGCCCCCAAACCGAUACUGAAGAAGAAAUCUUCUUCAGAGACUGAAGAAAUUCGGCCGAUACUUAAGACUUCUCGGAAGAGUAGUCGUGAAGAGUCCUCUGAUCAAUCGGAUGAUCAGGGUAAGAGAUCGAUAAGAAAGACUGAUUCGCCAGCUAAACGAAGAUCGUUUACUGAAUCAUCAUCAUCUGCAUCGGAGAUGGCGGCAGCUGUUGCAGAAGCUAAUGCUGGUGGCUUGCAACGAAGUAAAUCAUUAGAAUCAGAAGAGGCGCCUGAAGAUGAAGGAGGUGCCGUUGGCGGUGAAAUGGAACCUAUCGAAAUGAUGGUUGAAGAAAAACCUUUAUCUUUAUCGGUGGCUGAACGCGUUAGGAAUAUGGAAAGGUUCUUGAAUUCAAAUUCCGGUCAAAGUAGUGAUGAUAUUAGCCUGGCCAAUUGUUCGGCAGGGGCAAUUCCAAAGAUUCAACGACCGAGUGCUAUUAAACGGGAAAUGUAUAAGGAUCGUUUCCGUACGCAACCUGUUACUAAUGAUGAGAUACAAUGCUUACAAGCCGUAACUUCUGGAUCACUCGACACUUUCAAGUCGGCAUUUUCACUUGAUUCACUGAACUAUCCGGAAGGAAAAGUAGCAGCAGAAGCUGCCACCACAACAUCUGGUACAAUUAUUGCCAGUUCAUCAUCAUCCACAGCAGUAGCAGCAAAAAUCUCACCACGCAGUUUGUCAUCGAUAUCACCGUCAACGCGUGAAGUUUCCGAUUUAUUCUCACCACGUUCGGUAACCGAUUUGAAUUGUGUAUCGAUAAGUAGUGAUAGCGGCUUACAAACGGGUAAAAAUUUUGAAAUGUCGUCGUCGGGUUUGGAUGACAGUUCGCCAAAAGCCGCCGCCGAUAAUUCGUUAUCGAUGAUGAGUAGUGAUGGGACAUCGGCAAAUGGUAAUCAACAACGAUUACCACGUGACGAUUCGUUGACAUUGUGUGAGGAUGAGAGUGGAAUGGAAACUACUACAAAAGGAUCGGGAUUGGGACGUUCGGCGAGUGUUAAGGCACGUGCCAAUAUGUUCCAGCAGUUAGAAGAGAAGACAAAAGCAAAUCGAAUGAUGGAUGAAAAAGUUCCAGCGUCACCGAUAGCAAAAAGAACUUUCCGUCGCUUGUCCACCUCGCCCCCAACACCAUCAGUAGAUGAACCUAAAACUCCCAACAAUCCCACUGAUAAUCCUGAUGAAGAAUUUGAACCGUCAUCCCUGCCCGUUUCGGAACGUUUACGUUUCUUCUCGAGCCUAAGUCAAGACUCCCGCAACAACCGCUGCUGUAUGUCUUUGCCCGUAACCCGCUCUCACACUCCUGGCAAAGAACGUCGUGGAUCUUCGAGCAGUGUCAUCAUAAAUCACUCACCAUCGUCGCCCUCCCAGAUCACUCCAAGAAGCAGCAUAGUUCCAAUGGAUUACGAAGACACUCCAACUACCCCAAUUGUUAUCGAAGAAACCACAUCCCUAUCGGUGUUUGAAGAAAACCCAAUCUUUACCACACCAACUUCCCGAGUUGCCCCAAAAGCUAGAUUCAAGCUGAAAACAAUUGGCAAAAUUGUCAUGCCAAAUAUUUUUAAGGACAACAACAACAACAAUGGCAACUCUCUUGACAACAAUAUAAAUUCUGGGGAGCCGGUGAAAAAGAUCAACAAAAUCAAAUCACCGUUUAUUGAGAACAGUCAGAGGAGUAGCUUCAGUCCGUUGAACACUAACAAAUGCAUGAAGUACGACCACAAGUCAAUGCCCAUGUCGAAUAACAGCAAAGAUGACGAAAACUGUGAUGUUCUGAAUGACUCGGGCAAAGAAAACUAUGACAAUCUACCAUCGCAAGGGGUCGAACUUCGGAAGAAAAAAGUCAGUACGAGUAGCAGCAGUGGAGUCUCGAGUGCUCCGACGUCACAACGCAACAGCUACCGACAUUCCAUGCGUUCGCCAUUGGUCGAUGAGAAAUACGCCAAGUACUUUGGCAUUUCGACAAAUCACAGUAACACAUCUGACAGCCGCCAUAGCACACCAUCGACGCCGCAUAAGAGCUUUGACCAUAGUAAUAUGCCUGACGUUGUUUGCGUUACGCCGAAACCUCAUCUGCGUCAGCAAAACUUCAGUUACAACGUCGACGAAGUGGGUUACGUUCAGAAAUCCUGCUCUGCCAAGGAAGUGCGAAUAAUUCCCCCUUCUCCGGUGACUCCAUCAGCUCUUUUGUCCCCCGCUAACGCAUCCGAUUUUAGUGAAGUAUUCGAUGACUGUGACUUUGGUAGUAUGUCGACGAAUUCAAACCUUGCCCCGACAACGACGCCGUUGAUGAUUAGACGACGUGAACGUGACGCUUCGAAGAGAAUUCGUGCCAUGACAGUUUUUGUAAACACCCCACAGAGUACACCGGAACGUAAAGUUCCGAUGCUUCGUGCGUCGCGUAAUCGUUCAAUGACAGUUGCCCAUACGAAGUUCUUCUUGCCCCAUGAACCCGUAAAUCCGAUAUCAAAAUUUGAAGAUUUGAAAGUAACAAAAGAGGAUCUCUUGAUGGCUCAUAAGGAGUUUGAGAGAAUAUUUUUAGAAGCAACGAAACCUACACCACCACUUUUAUCGCCCCCAUUCAGUGGAUUGGGUGGAAAAGGAAUUCUCAAAUCAAAAUCUGGCUGUGUUGGCUUUAUGCCAAUGGAUUUAAAUUCAGAGCUCAAAAACCGUCUCAAACGUUCAACACAUGCAACAGUCUCAAAUCUACGCAAAUCAGCUACUACUGAAAAUGCUGCAUCACUUGAUUUGGCAGCACCUAAAAAAUCAGAAGAUCCAACUAAUAAUAAUUCCUCUUCCUCGGAGGAAGAAGGUGUUGAUCCUCAGAAAAACCUCGCGAAAAUACUUCGCAGUGUAUCGAAAGAGAGUAUGCCACGACAACAGUCAAAAGAACAUAUCACACCAAUACAUCAGUUUCCGGUUCCUGGAACAAGACCCAGCAUGGUGCCGCAGCAUGAUGAUACCAUGAGUCUUGUUCGCAAUUUAACUAGUCUUGAAAAACGCAUCCCCGAAGUUGCAAAUGCCAUUAACUCGGGUUCCUGUAUAGCGUCAACUUCAGAAGGUGAAAGUUCCGGCGGCCGAGAAGUCUCGGAAAUUAUCAAGAAUAGCGCUGUAGCGCGGCGGCGUAAACUUAAUGAUGGAAAUCUUAUUGCAAAAAGUAAAAGCCACUCUGCCUUGCCACCGACUGGCGCGCCAUCAGAUUCAACAACAGCACCAUCUUAUACUGGUCUAGGACCACAACAAUUACCAUCAUUAAGUGGUAGUGGUUUUGUUAAGCUACGCAAUGUUGCUGGCGGCCAAAGUCUAUUAAAACCAUCAUCUACAUCGUUGUCGCAGCAGCCGCCUUCGACGUCUGGCAAAGAUGAUCUAGAGAAACCGAAAGCUACCACCGAAUAUAGCAAUAAUAGUAGUAGAUCAUAUCAGCAACAGAAACAGCAAGAGACACAACAAGUAUCAUCAGCAGAGAAGCCAUCAUCAUCAUUAUCAGAGAAGCAGCAGGAAAAUCCAUCAUCAGCUUUACCGGAUUUUUUACGUGGCGGCUUAAAACGUAGUUUAACCCAGGUCAUGGGUCCAGAUCAGAGGACUAUUACAAUAACGAAGACCGGUUCGAUUGCCGAUCGAUUGGCAGCAUUGCAGAAAAGUGGAGAGGACGAUUGGCGCAAACGUAUAUCGAAACAUGAUGAAGUCAAUGAGAUAAGACGUGAAAAUUUGGUCAAUGAAUCCCUUUCUUUAGCACAUAACCUAUCCGAUAAGCCUCCGCCAUCAUCUCACAUAAUUCCAACGAGCAUCGAAGGUGGCAAAGUAUCAGAUCGUUUGGGUAAACUACGUAAUUCAUCUGAAAACUGGAAGAAUCGAAUUGAACAAUCCGAUGCAUCAAAAUUCACAGUCGCUGGACGGCUGCAGAAAAAGUCCCAAUCCCCUGUCGAACUUCAAUUCGAACGGCAUGGUGAUACGACAAAACAAUGUCCACCCAUGAAAGUUGUCCGCAGUGCAAAUCAACCACAAUUGGGAUUGGCUAAGAGUCCAUCAAUGAUGGUUACAUCCAUGACAGCACCACCAAAGCCAACAUCCGAGACAAAUGGUCAACACCGAAUGCAGCUAAAGAGAAGUCUCAGCGUAAAUGCUGAAGCUCAAAGUGCCAGCAGUAGUGAUUCAGAUUCGGAAGGUAAUAGUGAGAAGGAGAAUUUGAAACAGGUCAAAAAGAUUGCUACUACAAAGACCGGAGCUAAAGUUAUUGUUCCAAGAGUCGAUGAUGAAGAGACUUUUGAAAAGUUCUUUACAACUUCAAAGUCUGUGGAGAAAAUCGAUGAAGGUGUUGAGAUUUCUGAUUUUGAUAACAUAAAGUCAUGUGAGAGAUUGGUAACCAAAAGAACCGUACAAGGUCCUAAAGGACGUCGUGCAGCUAAAAACCCACUGAAGAGCCUCGCUGCUCGAAUCGAUCUUCAAAAUGAAUACACAGAAGUCAAGACUGGCAUUGCCGAGAAAGAGAUGCGACGUAUUAAGCUUGAGUCUUUUGCUAAAACCAAUAACCUUGCCGCCGAAGCUCUUGCCGGCUUAGCCAGUGUUGAAGAUUUCAAAUCGGUCAGCCUGAAGUCCUCAUCCCUGCCUUUGAACCAAAUGUGGCUGCCAUUCAAGCCAAUCAUGCUACUGCACAUCAAAGGACGCACACAUGUCCAGACCCGCCUUGUCGAACCCAUUUACACAUCACUCAACCGAGGUGACUGCUUCAUUCUUAUAGCCGGUGACGUACUUUACCGCUACAUUGGCUCCUUUGCCAAUGUCAUUGAGAUCUCACGAAGCAAAAAAAUCUGUGGCUACAUUCUGGAGAACAAAGAUCUCGGCUGUACAGCCCUCACUGAAACCAUUCUCACCGAUGGCAAGUUCUUGAACGAACGCCACUGGAAGACAUUCUGGGAGAUUCUCAAAAAACCCGAUGACUAUCAAAUACCCGACUGUGGACAUGCCGAUGAAGAUGAUCUCUUUGAGGCGAGUCUCAUCGAGACUAAUAUGAUCUAUGAGUUUGCUGAUGAUUCAUUGGUUCCCAUGGAGAAGUAUUGGGGAGCGAUUCCAAAAGUCGAGAUGUUAGAUCGGAAGAAAGUUUUAGUCUUCGACUUUGGAAGCGAGUUAUACGUGUGGAAUGGCAAAAAUGCUCCAUCUGAUGCCAAGCGAGCUGCCAUCAGACUUGCCCAGGAACAUUUUGACAUUAAGAAAGUCGAAUAUGAAAAAUGUUAUGUUAAUCCUUUGAAUUUCUCCUCGGUUGUUGGCCAAAGAAGCAGCUAUAAGUUUAUGAAGUCUUCAGAGCGUGAAGAUUGGUGUUUGUUGGGCAAGAUAACCCAACACAUGGAAACCUGUCUGUUUAAGGAGAAAUUCUCCGACUGGCCUGAAACUGAACGUGAAGAUUUGGAAAAGGAUUACUUAGCCAAUGGAGUUCAUUCUGUAAAAUCUCUAGAUGGCGCAAUUAUCUUUAAAGGGGAACCAUAUAUUGAACCGAAUCUUGUGCUCGAGCAUUCAAAUCUCGGUCGUGGUAAUUUCUACUAUGACACCAACACAAUGCGUCACUUUGAUGUGGUAACAACAGCAAGUGACAAAUGGAAGAUCAAUGAAUUCAACUUUGAAGAAGCCGAGUCUCGAGACACUUUGGGUCAUUUCUAUUCUGCCGAAAGUUAUAUCGUUCGAUGGGUCUACCAGAUUUCGGUUACAGUUCGAGAGUUGAGUGGAAAAGUCUCGAAUCGAAGCACCAUUGUCGGACGUGAUCGAUGUGUUUAUUUCUGCUGGCAAGGAAAUGAUUCCAGUGCAAAUGAAAAAGGUGCUGCAGCUCUUUUAACCGUCGAAUUGGAUAAGGAGAAAGGUGCCCAAAUGCGUGUAGCCCAAGGCGAUGAAACUACAGCUUUUAUUCGGCUAUUUAAACUUUUCCUCCAACAUCGUGGCCGCAAAGAGGAAUGUCUUGAGCGUCGCCGUCAAUGGAGACUAUACAUUGCCACUGGCAAUGAUGUUGAGGAAACCAUCCUCAAAGAGGUUAACUGUGAUUCAAGUCAGCUGCGGUCGCGAGCAUCAAUGCUGCUUAUAAAUGGAGAGAAAGGUCUGAUAUAUGUUUGGCAUGGAUGCAAGAGUUUGCCACACACACGAGAGAUUACCGAGAAGGCUGCCGAAAAGAUUCGCGAGAAAAAGUAUGAGGAUGUGUUUUUGUCAAGUGUUGGCGAUGUCAAAGUUGAGAUGCAUGAAGAGACCAAAGAAUCGGAAGGAUUUCAAAAGGCAUUGGGUGGAAUUGAUGCAGAAUCGUAUGGAUCGUUGAAGGCGAUUACAAAAGAUUUUACAUUUACACCGAGAAUGUUCCAUUUCUCCAGUACUCAGGGUGUCUUUAGUGCAAAUGAGAUUUUGUAUAAUUUCCGAUGCAAAGAUUUAAUCAGCCCAUAUCCGUUUACUCAAGCACAAUUGUACAAUGCCAGACAACCGACAAUAUUUAUGAUUGACAAUGGAGAUGUCCUUUGGAUGUGGAUGGGAUGGUGGCCAUUGGAAGAUGUUAAAAUUGCCACAGAAGAUCGCGCAAGUCCGACAAAUGAGAAUCGUGCUGGAGUUAAUCGAUGGAUAUCGGAACGACGUGCUGCUCUAGAAACAGCUGUCUCAUACUGGAGGGCCAAGUUUGGUGAAAAAUCUGACGAAGAAUUCUAUGGAAUUAAAGGUUUCGUCGUCUGGGCUGGACUUGAGCCAGUUGCAUUCAAGGCUCUAUUUCCCGAUUGGCAGGACAAUGAAGAUGUAAAAGAGAUAAAUAUGGAGGAUGGUCGCACAAAUACAGCAACACCUAUCGUAGAUGUUCUAACACAACUCACACAAACCGAAUAUCCGCUAUCAAUAAUCAAAGAACGCCCUCUCCCUGAAGGUGUUGAUCCAACUCGUCUAGAAUUGUAUCUAAACGAUUCGGAUUUUCAAGAAGCUUUAGGAAUUUCACGUGAAGAGUUUGAUCAGUUGCCCCUUUGGAAGCAAACAAAUCUCAAGAAAGAACGUGGUCUCUUUUAGAAAAUUAAUUUUCACAUCAAUUCAAAUGGAGAUCCAAAGCACAUACAACACACACACCACUGAGGAUUUUGUCCCAUUGUACCUUCAGCAGCACAUAUUUUAUAUAUAUAUACAAUUUUUUUGUUGUUCUUUUUUUUAUAAAUAUGUAUUUGUGUAUUACCUAUACCUUAUCCCCAAAAAAAAACUUAUCUAUAAUUAUAAGAUAACUAAUGUAUAUUUAUUAACAAGGAUUUUUUUAUACAAUUUUGUAAUAUUCACUUUUUACGCGCAUUAACAAUUUUUAAUCAAAGAUUUUUAUAUAAAAAAAGCAUACAACAAUAAAAUAAAAAUGAUUAAAUAUAAAUAUCACACACAUACACACACAAAAACAAGCAUCCUUAUAACACAAGAAUUUUUUCAAAGGUGAGGGUUUUUUAUUCUCUCUCUUUCUCUCUUAAUUGAAUCCCUUCAAAAAAAUAGGCUUAGUUUUUUGUUUGU